AUGUUUCUCCAAUUGCGGUUUUGGACGCUUGCCUUAAACAGUAAGCACUUAAGGUCCGGACAUGGUGCGCUCUCAGCUGAUUACGUUCGCGGCGUUCAGUACUCAGCGACUCAGCGACUCAGCCAUAUAUAUACAAUUUUCCGGUCGGAGCUGAGAGAGUCCAAUGUUGAGCUUGGCUUCUCAAAGUCAAAGCAUCAGGAGUUCUGCCAUGAAGCAACGACACUUGCUCUGCAGAUCUCUUGCAUGGGCCACCCCAACAACGCCUGGAGCCUGCAGGUCUGGCAGAUCAUAGAUCUCAUCAACUGA